AGGGAUCUUUUAUAUGCAAAAUCCCACAAACAGGUUGUUUUUCCUGGGAAAACGAAGUGAAACAAGAAAACAACCGGAAUUUUAUGGAAUUCCCAUUUUCUCUGAUACCCGGAAACAGACAGAUUUAGCGAGGUUGUGUGGUAGGAUUUAAAUGUGAACUAAUAUAUUUAGCGGAGGAACACUGUAAACUUUUCACAGAGCAGCAGCUGGGUUGCCGGGUGUUGUUGAUUAAUGAUACGCUCUUGUUAACUGGUUCGACAAACUGAAUUUGUGAAAACAAACCCCCCAAAAAAAGAAAAAGGCUAAAGGAAAAGAGAAGGGAGACGUUACUCUGGAACUGAGACAAGAGUGGUUCUCUAGCAGGGAGCUAAAUUCUUCUCUUGACAGUUUUACCCUGCACGCAAAAUGUUGCCAUUUCGUCAGACUGUGGCCAUUUUCCUGAUGGUUACAAAUGUGGUGCUGCUCUCUGUCGUGGUGUAUAAAACAUCACAGCUGUACACGAAACCGCACUCUACCAUCUUCAGUAACUCGGAGAUCUGUCACAAGGUCACGUGUAAACCAGGAGAGCGGUGCUGUGACGUCACUGCAACCAACAAAACCGUCAAUGGUUCUUUGUAUUGCUGUUACGAUGACUACGAUGACUACGUUGACUACGGGGAACGUAUUCGUAGUAUUAUGCUAAAGCAACUGAAGGACAAUUAUGAAAGGGAUAUAAAAAAUGAUGACCAUCUCCAGAGGGUGAGGAAAGUUGCUGUUGUUGUAAACGAAGACAAAACUCAACAGAAACCUGCUGCUCAUCUGCAGAUGGACCCUGAUGCAGUGUAUGACAAAGAUGAACAUAUCUCGGCUCUCCGGUGGAAAACAAAUGGGAAGAGAUCGUUUGUGAAAGACGGACUCACUGUCGUUGAAGAAGGGAUUCGGGUGGAGAAAGAAGGUAACUAUUUCAUCUACAGCAACGUCGUGUUUUACGGCAACCAGACUAAGGAACUCGAUUUCGCCAGACUUUGUCAUUACCUGGACAAACGCGUCCCCACGACAAGAAGGUCUAAAUUCCAACAGCUGUCGUCCAACCCCCAGUCGACGUGUAAAGUCCGACGAGGGAAGCUCGCCUUCGCGCCAUCCUACAUCGGCGCUGUCUACCAUCUGGAGGCCGGGGCCACGGUGAUGGUGAGGACGUCGUCGGUGGAUAGACUUGUCAAACAGCCACAGUCGACGUACUUCGGAAUUUACAUGAUUUAAUAGUCCGAGUAUCUUCUUAUUCCUAACAGCCAGGGUCGUAUGUAGCUUAAAAUAACUAGGUAAUUACUAGUACUGGGGUGGGGGUGGGGUGGGGUGGGGGGUGGGGGGGUGGGGGUGGGGGGCAGUAUACAAAGAAGUCUCUGAUCAUGGUCUUAGCACUUUUAACAAUACACAUUUGCGUAUUUUUCGGCGAGGAGGCUACUUUUUCACUGCCAGCCCCCCCCCCCCCCCGCCCAUUCCCUCCCUAGAUACGACCCUGGCAGCAGUGUUUCUCAACCUGUGUUCAACAACUCGGCCUGUUACAGUGUUCUGUCUCACACCGCGGACGUAUGACAAACCCUGAGUGAGUGCUCCGCAAGGCUCAAUGGGUAGAUGUAAACCACUUGCACCGACCAGUGAUCCAUAACUGGUUCAACAAAGGCCAUGGUUUGUGC